AUGGAUUCCGAGUCGAUAAAGAUAGGAGAAAGGUUGACUUUUGUCAGCCCUUAUCCCACCAAGUGUAUGAAUAACUCCAAACUUUUGUCGAAAAUUAAAGGAAACUUUGAUAAUGGAGAUGACACUAGUGAUAAUUCAUCUAAAGUGAUGAUACCAAUAUUUAAAGAUUCUAAGAUAUCCCAGAUACUUCAGCAGAACAACGUAAGAUUAUUACAGAAUAGCAAGCCAGUUAAUAGUGGCUUGGUAAAUGGCUCUUCGGUUGAGAAUACUGAAGAGUUUGAUUCAAGAUUUGAUAAUGACAAUAUGGAACAAGAUGAUUAUAUCGUGAAAUACUUCACGAAAAUUGAAUUAUUUCUUCCACGUAAUUUAAAAGAACAAAUAACUACAGUAUGUAUCAAACAUUUACCUAACAUCAAGAAGUCUUCCAUGGAAAUGUGUUUUAAUAUUUUGUUAUCUAAAGCACCUAAUUCAAGCUAUAAGUGGACGAUGAUAAUCAACGAACAGAUAGAUGACCGGUUUUUGUAUUUGAGAUUUUCAAGCAUUGGGACAUUAAAUUGGUUCUCAAACCACGUAUCUGGUGUAUUUAGUAAAAUAUCCCACAACUCGGAAGUUACUUUUGAUCCAGCUGCAAAAGAUUAUAUGGAGUCAGACACUAGCACAGUUGAUUUAACGAAGGAAAUUAAUGAGGUCAGACGAAUCAUCAAUAACAGAAAAAACCAUGAGGAGGCCAGUAAAGGUGGAACUGAAGAUUUGGAUGAAGUUAUGCAAUCAUAUGAUUCGUAUAAAGUUGAUAAAGCUGACUUGGUUGAUGUUCCAAAGGAUAUGAAAGCCAAAACAAUAUCAAAUAUAAUUAAAUUCAGAUCGAGAGUUUUAACUAUAGAAAAGGAGCGUCGUAAAAGAGAAAUUGAUUUUGAAAGAAGAAAGGCUAAAAACAGAUUGAAACAAAUUUUCGAAGGUAUCAAGGAAGCAUCUACAAAUGAUGAUAACAUAGAUGACAAAAUCGAUGACACUGAGGAGGUGAAUGACGAAAUGCCAGAAUUAAGCGAGGCAGAAUAUGAAAAAUAUCUCGAAGAACAGAAUAGAAAAGAAUUAGAGAAGCGUUAUGAAGAAAGAUUGGAUAAAAUUAGAAAAUUAGAACAGUCUGAAAAGUCACUAUUGAGUGAAAAGCUUUCAACUUUACAGAACUACGAGAAGAACUUAAUUGAUAAUAAGUUUUUAUAUAUUGAAGAGAUACGAAACUUUGAAGAUUUCAGUGUUGAAAACUCAGUCACGUCAAAUGAAAAAACGUCAAGGUUGAGAUUAUACUAUACUGACCAUUCAGAAUACUUAAGACUCAGGAAUAAAGAGAGAUCAAUUGAGGAACAGAAAGACAAAAUCGAUGAGGAAGAUGAAGUCAAAGUAGAAGAACUUGUGAGCCAGCCAAUUAGACUCGCAAAGAUACCCGAACCACUGGCUGUGCUAGAACCAAACGGUCCCGAAUCUAAAACAUUUACAGGAAUUAUUGACGUUUCUUCUCUUUCUCAAGAUAAACUAAACAAAAUUAAAGAAAAGAUCAGCGACUUGAUAGAAGAAUAUUUGGGAAUAAAAGAAAAGGUCUUAAUCGAGUUUAUAUAUGAUUUCUUGUUAGAGAAGAACCUCGAGUCCAAAGAAGAAUUAAUUCAUGAGUUAGAAGAGACCUUAGAUGAAGAUUCUGUUAUUGUUGUUGAUGAUUUAUGGAAGUAUAUAGAAGAGAUCAGUUAG